AUGGCCAGAUCGACUGAUCCCGUGCAGGCUGCACGCAAAGCAGCCAUCAAGCGUGAGGCUCAACGCAAUCGGGAGCGCAAACAACAGGCCAACCAGGCACGCACCCUGCGUCAGGAUACAACCUCGCUCGAAAGAAAGGUCCAACGGCUCGAAACGAGCAGAACGGCUUUGUCGCCAGAGGAACAAGAAGAGCUCAAGAGGUUGCAGGACCAAGUUGCCAGCGUCAAGCGCAUCAAGGAAGAAUACAUUCGCAAGCAUCCGGAUCAGCGCAACUUUGUACGCGGCUACGAGCAGCCCUCCGACAGCUUCAGCGAAAGCCGUCCAGGCUCUUCGAGUGCUUCCCAGACUCACAACGUGGCUCCGAGCAUUGCAGUUGCCCCAUCGCAUACGACAGCUCAGGACCCACGGUGGAGCAUCUACUACGAUGCCGUCUUCAAUCCAUACGGCGCUCCGCCACCAGGCAUGCCAUAUCUGGAAAAGCCGCAUGCUCAGCUCGUACAAGAAGGCCUCCUAGAUGCGGCUAAGCCUCCACCGCUUCCAGAAGAGACACAACAGCAAGGCUUGGGCGUGGACGACGACAGCGACGAUUCAAGCGUCGAUGAAGACCUCAAAGAUAUCAUCAUGCCAUCCGGUCCACCUCCAAUAAGACUCUUGCCAGAGGCUGCAUCAUCAGGGAUCGAUGCGGUUCACCUCAACAGGGGAGCCGGACGGGCACGAGGUCGUGGGCCACCGGGAAGGGGGAACGGCGGUCCGACGCGCGGCACAGGUGGCACAGGGCGAAGCUCGCGUCCCGCUCAUCUUCAGCAAAGAGGUGGGCCGGUAGGCGGCCAGAUUCCUCAAUACCCGGCUAGUCUGCCUCCUCGUCCGCCAUUUGAUCCUUCCAUUCGACCACCGGCACCCCAUGCCACCGCCAGUGCUCUGCCAGUGCAGGCAUGCGGCCCAUCGAGGCCGCCGGGGCCCCCACCAGCGGUACCCGACGGCGUCAUCAUCUCUGCGGAACCGCAGCUACGCGAUCUCAAAAAGGAAGCGACCGCUUUCGUCCCAGCCGCAAUCCGCAAAAAGCGACAAGAAGAGAAAGCUAGGACGCAGCGCGGCCUUCCAGGCCGAAUUGAUGCAGCUCCCACAUCCAGCGACAUGACACACUCACCUUCGGCUUCCGCCAAGGACAGGACGGAUCUGCUCAAGUCUCUUCAGGCGCACCUUCCUCCGACAAGCGUCGCAACGUCGACGGAAGGCAGCGGAAAAACAGCAGCCGACAAAGGCAAGAAGGACUACGACCGUUUCCUCGAUGAAGUCGCCGAUCUGCUCUGA